ACAAGUGCAUUGAGAAUUGAGAUGAGUGAAUGUGAAACCUUUGCGUUUUCUUCACUCUGUUGGCUCGAGUGUGUGACGUCGCGUCGAGAGGCCAAAUAUUUAUAAUUUUGCGGUCGUGACUAAACUGAUUGGUUUUACGAGGUUUAUUCAAAAGUUCAAUGUUGCCUGUUCGAAAAAUCGCAUAUCGAUUGUAUCCUGUCGGAUUAAGAAUCGUAAAAAUGAGCCAGGUUGGUGAUUUAGGUGCGGGAGUUGGAAAAGGAGGUGGUGGUGGUGGAUCCAUUCGAGAAGCGGGUGGUUCCUUUGGUAAAAUGGAAGCAGCACACGAGGAGGAAUAUUUUUAUAAACAACAACGAGAGCAGCUACAAAAACUGAAAACCAAGACUGAUACCGAUGUUCCCGACAGUCAGUCGAAGGUACGAGCCAUUGGUAAACAACAAUAGGUUAUGAUCAAAUAAAUCAUAAGAAUUGUGGCGAGAUGGACCGUGAACGGUCUUAGCCGUCUGUAAACAGACAAAGCAAAAAAAACCAAAGAAAUAAGAUUACAAUUGAAAUAAACCUUGAGUAACCAUUAUUAAA